CGAGCGGAUCCCGAGCGGAUCCCGCGGCCCGCGCCCCUCCGCGCCCCUCCGCGCCCCGCGCCCCGACCCGCCGCCGCCGCCGUCAUGGGCGCCUGCCUGGGCGCCUGCUCCCUGCUCAGCUGCGCCUCCUGCCUCUGUGGCUCUGCCCCCUGCAUCCUGUGUGGCUGCUGCCCCUCCAGCCGCAACUCCACCAUCAGCCGCCUCAUCUUCACGUUCUUCCUCUUCCUGGGGGUGCUGGUGUCCCUCAUCAUGCUGAGCCCUGGUGUGGAGAGCCAGCUCCACAAGCUGCCAUGGGUGUGUGAUGAGGGGCCCGGGACCACCGUCAUCCUGCAGAGCCAUAUCGAUUGUGGCUCCCUGCUCGGCCACCGUGCCGUCUACCGCAUGUGCUUCGCUACAGCAGCCUUUUUCUUCCUCUUCACCUUGCUCAUGAUCUACGUGCGCAGCAGCCAGGACCCCCGGGCUGCCUUCCAGAACGGGUUCUGGUUCUUUAAGUUCCUGAUCUUUGUGGGCAUCACCGUGGGUGCCUUCUACAUCCCCGAUGGCUCCUUCUCUGACAUCUGGUUCUACUUCGGCGUCGUGGGCUCCUUCCUCUUCAUCCUCAUCCAGCUGGUGCUGCUCAUCGACUUUGCACACUCCUGGAAUCAGCAGUGGCUGGGCAAGGCCGAGGAGUGCGACUCCCGCGCCUGGUACGCAGGCCUCUUCUUCUUCACCUUCCUCUUCUACUCGCUGUCUAUUGUGGCCGUGGCCCUGCUCUUCGUUUACUACACCGAGCCCGAUGCCUGCUACGAGGGCAAGGUCUUCAUCAGCCUCAACCUCACCCUCUGUAUCUGCAUCUCCAUCAUCUCCGUCCUGCCCAAGGUCCAGGACGCCCAGCCCAACUCGGGCCUGCUGCAGGCCUCGGCCGUCACGCUCUACACCAUGUUCGUCACCUGGUUGGCUCUGUCCAAUGUCCCCGACCAGAAAUGCAACCCCCACCUGCUGACAUGGUUGGACAAUGAGACGAUCCUGGCAGGCCCUGAGGGCUAUGUGACCCAGUGGUGGGACGCGCCGAGCAUCGUGGGUCUCAUCGUCUUCAUCCUGUGCACCUUGUUCAUCAGUGUGCGCUCCUCGAACCACCGGCAGGUGAACAGUCUGAUGCGGACGGAGGAGUGCCCGCCCAUACUGGAGGGCACGCAGGAGAACCAGGUGGCAGGCCGGGCCUUUGACAAUGAGCAGGACGGCGUCACCUACAGCUACUCCUUCUUCCACUUCUGCCUGGUGCUCGCCUCCCUGCACAUCAUGAUGACGCUCACCAAUUGGUACAGACCCGGUGAGACCCGGAAGAUGGUCAGCACCUGGACCGCCGUGUGGGUGAAGAUCUGUGCCAGCUGGGCCGGGCUGCUGCUCUACCUGUGGACCCUGGUGGCCCCCCUCCUCCUGCCCAGCCGGGACUUCAGCUGAGACAGCCCCUCAGCCUGCCCACCUGGUGCCAGGCGGACCCUGCCCCGCUGCCAGCACUUGCCCCUGAGCUGAGUGCCUUACUCUCAGUGCCUCCAGGGAUGAGGAGCUCAGGCUCACACCUCUGCUACCCCAGACCAUGGGACUUCCUCUCCCUUCCCCCCGUCCCUCAUCACCCAGACUCACCUUCUUGGGGGAAAAAGGGCCCUUUGUUCCCAGGCUCCCAAGGAGAGGGACCUGAGGAGAGAAAUGCCCAGAGCUGCCCAGAGGGCGGGAGCAUGCGCUAUGAUGGGAUGCCCAGCACUGAGGUGUUGGUAUUCCUGACCACACCCCCCGGGCGCCCCGUCACCCUCCUCGACUCCGUGCCUUACAGAGUCUCUAAGACUUUGCCCAAUAAAGAAGCCAGAGUGUG